AUGGAUGGCCCUGGUACAUCGAGCUCGAACUUCGACGCUGUAAACAUGGUAGAUAUUAUGGAUGACGAACCCAAUUUGGAUAACAUGGAUGACGAUGAAGAUGAAAACGAUGGGCCAAGGUACACACAAGAGGUCCUUGAACAGUUAGAGAACUCAUUUCAUAGACUGUUCAGUGUGCUUCAAGAAUUGAAUUAUACGAUGCAACACAUGGACCGAGUUGUGCGCAUUCUACAACGCACGUCUUCCUUGACGGGCGCAAUGUGGAUCCAUUGGGUUUUGAGCAAUCCUAACCCGAAUACAUGCUAUGAGCGCUUCAGAAUGUUUUCCCCCACAUUCAUGAAACUAUGUUGCACCUUAAAACAUAAUGGUUAUCUCAGAAGUAGCCGCUAUGUUAAAAUCACUGAGCAAGUAGCAGCCAUUUGCCUAAUAGUUGCACAGGCACAGUCACAGAGGACGGUGUGUGAUAAGCUGCAGCGAUCAACUGCCACAAUUAGCAAAUAUUGUCAUCGCGUAUGCAGGGCACUUUGCAGGUUGGGAAAGACAAUCAUACAACCUUGUAGCACCGAUAUUCCUCAUCCUUACGUCGCCAGUGAUACUAGAUUUUACCCGUGGUUUAAGUAUUGUAUAGGUGCUAUCGAUGGCACGCAUCUGAUGGCGCGCGUGACGAAUCACAGUGAUGUCCCUUUUCGAGGCAAAAGCUUAACUCCGACACAAAAUGUGAUGUGCGUGACGAACUUAGACCUUUGUUUCACGUUUGUCUACAGUGGUUGGGAGGGUAGCGCACACGAUGCAAGAAUUUUCACUGAGACAAUAAACGAUCCAACCAUGAACUUCCCAACGCCAGACGAAGGAUACUAUUAUUUAGUGGAUUCAGCUUAUGGUUGCUACAAGGGGUUCUUACCUCCAUAUCGGAACGAAAGAUAUCACUUGGAAACCUUUCGCCGGGGCCGACCCCAACCCAGGACUGAUAAAGAGUUGUUUAACUACCAACAUUCAUCAUUGCGAUCGACGGUGGAGCGUACAUUUGGGAUUUUGAAGAAUCGGUUCCCAAUUUUGGAAAAUAUGUCCCCGUACGAGGUACCAGACCAACGAUUACUUGUGAUUGCAUGUUGUACUAUACACAACUUCAUCCGCAAGGACUGUGGGGAUAUUGAUCCAUUAUUCAGACACGCUUUACAACAGCUAUACGGUGAAGCUUGGAUUGAUGUAUCACAGCGGGUUAAUAUGCCAGGUGAAACGCAUGUAACACCUGGACUACGACCGGAUCAAUCACGGUCGAGUGCAACGUACAUGGGGGCAUAUCGGAAUACAAUGAAAAAUAGCAUGUGGGAGUGGAACAAUGUGACAUAA